AGUCGUCCCCUUUCGCUUUAUCCACGCGAUCACUGUGACAAAAGGCCACUCCUCAAAUGAUACUCGCGUCAAUCUCACUCACAGGCAGCCGCAUGCUCGCUGCUGGGCCUGUCCGCGCUGCGCUGGCUGCCGCUGCCCCGCGCGCCAUCACUGCUGCGGCACUGACAUGCAGCUUCAAUGUCGCGCAUGUCACGGCGCCAACAGCGGGCGGCCUCGGCGGCGCGCAGUCGAUGCUGGGCGUCCGCUUUGCCUCAAAGAAGGCGUCGAAGGCGUCGCGCAACGGCGGUCAGUCGCCGGGCCAGCGCCUGGGCAUCAAGGAGUACGACGGAAGCCCCGUCAUUGCUGGGAAUAUUAUCGUGAGGCAGCGUGGAACGCCCUUCCGCGCAGGGCUCAAUGUUGGCUGCGGACGCGACCACACUCUGUUUGCACUCAAGAACGGCCGCGUCCGGUUUACCCGCGAGCACGUCAAGUGGGGCAGCGAGCACUUCCAGCACCGAACAAUCCGAUACGUGCACGUUAUCGAGCACCCGCACAGCAUGCCAUUGCAGAUGAUCCAGUACGCCGGACCCAUCCCUGGCUUUGUUUCGUCCCCAGCCUCCAUCGCACCAACCGUCAAGGCGCUCCCACGCGUCUCCCGAACUGUGCUCAGUCCCGAGGACUUGCCUCCUGUGGCAGAGCUGGCGUCAGUGGCACUGACCAGCACUGCAAUUGCGCCUCCUCAGCCUCGGCGGACGCGAGCUGCGUCUUCCGCACCAGCCUCAGCUACUCCAUCGUCGUAGUGGUGUUAGUUGAUGAUGUUGUUGUUGUUUGUUGUUUGUUGUUUGUUUGUUUGUUUGUUCUGUCCCUAAUUGUACCAACAAGUCCCUUGAAAAAUCCGA